AUGCCACCAAAAAAAAAAUCAACUAAUAAUAAUACACUGACUGACACUUCCUCCUGUACCAAUGUUAAAAAGUUUAAAAAAAAGCCAAGUUACACUAUAGAACAGAAGGGUGAAAUUAUGUUAGAGAUAAUUCAAAAAGAACACACCGUCUACUCUCUAAAGGAUCUAGAAAAAAUUAUUCCUUCCAAAAGUAAGGGAAUAAUUCACGGUAUGAUUGUCAAAGACAUAAUUUCCUACUUGUUAGAUGAAAGUUUAAUCAUGUGUGAAAAAUGUGGGAACGUUAAUGUCUAUUGGAAUUUUCCCUUUGUUAGUUCCAUGGUGCAAUUAGAUGUUGUUAAUAAGUUGACCGAAAAAAAGGAAUCCCUAUUAAAAGAGAUCGGUGAUAAUGGGCUUACAAAAGAGAAAAGACACGAGGAUAUUGAAUUAUUUAAAAAGCUUAACCUUUUAGAAAAAGAGCGCAGUGAGCUAAUUAAAAAACUUGAAAAAAUUGAUACUGAAAUGGAUGAAAAUUUGGAAAAUAUAGUUGUUGAUGACGUUCAGUACACAAAAGUUUGUCAGAAAAAUAAAGUUUUAUCAUUAGAUGCAUUAAAAAAAAAUGCCAUUUUAACUGAUAAUAUAAUGACCAUUGCAAGCUACUUGCGUGAUAAAUAUGGUAUUUCUACCAGUGAGAUUUUUAAACAAUAUUUAAGUUACGAGAUUGACGAUGAUUUUGAGGACAAAAGUCGUGAAAAAUUCAAUACUAUAUUUGAAGCGCAAAAGGAGUUGGGAGGAUACAUGCAAAAUAAAGAUACCGGAUAA